GAUGGCAUUCCCUGUGGAUAUGCUGGAUAAUUGCAGUCACGAGGAACUGGAAAAUUCUGCUGAAGAUUAUAUGUCAGAUCUAAGGUGUGGGGACCCUGAAAAUCCUGAGUGUUUUUCUCUUCUCAAUAUAACGAUUCCUAUUAGCCUGUCAAAUGUAGGCUUUGUACCUCUUUAUGGUGGAGAUCAGACCCAGAAAAUUCUUGCUCUUUUUUCACCUGAGGACUCACUCACAGCUGUGGCACUUUACCUGGCUGAUCAGUGGUGGGCUGUUGAUGAUAUCGUAAAAACAUCUGUCCCUUCUAGAGAGGGGCUUAAGCAGGUGAGAACUCUUGGGGAGAGAGUGGUUCUGUAUGUUCUGAAUCGAAUUAUUUAUAGAAAACAGGAAAUGGAGAGAAAUGAGAUCCCAUUCCUGUGUCAUAGCAGUACUGAUUAUGCUAAGAUUCUGUGGAAGAAAGGAGAGGCCAUUGGGUUUUAUUCAGUUAAGCCUACAGGAAGCAUAUGUGCCUCAUUUCUUACCCAAAGCUACCAACUGCCAGUUCUUGAUACAAUGUUUAUAAGAAAGAACUAUCGAGGCAAAGAUUUUGGGCUUCAUAUGCUGGAGGACUUCGUUGAUUCCUUUACAGAAGAUGCACUUGGCUUGCGGUAUCCACUGUCCUCUAUAAUGUACACAGCUUGCAAGCAAUACUUUGAAAAAUAUCCAGGAGACCAUGAACUCCUUUGGGAAGUUGAAGGUGUUGGACACUGGUACCAGAGAAUACCUGUCACCAGAGCAUUACAGAGAGAAACACUUAAAAUUACAGCAGUUCCUCCAAGUGAAGCUAAAAGAACUACGUGUGGAGGAUAUGGUCUUGCAUCUGUUCCAGAAUAUGAAGCAGGAACUGAAGAUAGUCAGUCUAGUGAGAUGCAGCUAACUAUUGAUUCUCUAAAAGAUGCCUUUGCAAGCACUUCUGAAGGUCAUGAUAAAACACCAGUUUCCACUCGGACUCGAAGUAGUCAUCUGAAGCGGCCAAAGAUUGGAAAGCGGUUUCAGGAUUCUGAAUUUAGUGGUUCUCAAGGGGAAGAUGAAAAGAUAGCUGAGACUUCACCUACAGCUUCCGUAAUUAAAUUGGAGUCUACUUCACACACAUCAGAGAGCUCAGAAGAAUUACUAGAAGAAGAGCAUGCACAGAGUGUGGUUGAAUUUGAGGAUGGAAGUAGUGAUAAAGAUGCUCAUUCAACACCUAAAAUCCAGUCACAUCUGGAGAAGCAAGAUGGUGAAAAGGAAUCUGAAGUAGAGCCUAUGAAUGGUGAAGUAAUGGAUGAUACUAUUAAGACCUCUCUUAUAAUUGAAGAGGAGGACUCCACUAGUGAAGUUUUAGAUGAAGAAUUUAAAUUGCAGCCUUUUAAUUCCAGUGAAGACCCUACAAAUCUAGUUCCGCUGGUGGUAGAAUCUUCAAAACCCCCUGAGGCUGUUGCACAGGAUAAGACCUCACAUGUAACUGACUCAGAAGUGUUGUUAAACGAAGGCCCAUCUGAUGGAAAGGGGCACACAGAAGAGAAACUGCCACCAGUUCCAAGAAAGAAGGCACAUUUUGGGAGUUCAGACAAUGCUGCCACUAUCCCACAUGAAGAACAAUCUGACAGUGGUUUUCCAAAUUCUGUGGUAGCUGAAUUUUCUGAGGAACCGAUCUCUGAAAAUUUGUCACCCAAUACUACUUCCUCAUUGGAAGACCAGGUUGAAGAGGGGGUGUCUGAGCCCCAGGAAACAUCUCCAGCUGUUCCUCAGAGUUCUUUGAUAGAGGUUGAACUUGAAGAUGUGCAGUUUUCACAGAAUGCAGGACAGAAGAACCAGUCAGAGGAGCAGUCGGAAGCAUCUUCUGAGCAACUGGAUCAGUUUACACAAUCAAUAGAAAAAACUGUGGAUAGCAGCUCAGAGGAAAUAGAAGUGGAAGUGCCUGUUGUAGACAGGCGGAAUUUAAGAAGAAAGGCCAAAGGAUACAAAGGACCCGCUAAAAAGAAAGCCAAGCUGACCUGAAUGAAGAAAUGCAGAUCACAAAUCCUCUUUGUAACAUAAUUGUUUUUAAGAUAUGGUAAUAAAUAGCACGGGGCACAGGACAAAAAUUCCAGAAUUUCACUUUGAGCUUAUUUAUGAUGCUGUUUUUCCCUCCUCCUUAGGACUUAGGAUUCAUCAUUGUUUUUCAUUUUCAGGUUACUUUGUGUAAAUACAGUUUUUUAAUUUUUAUUAACCAUGUUUCGAUUUGGGGAAACCAGACCAUACUGUAUUUUCUUUAGUAGUUGGGGCCAUCUGACUAUUAAUAUUUCAGGAUAUAUAAAUUAAAAAACAAAGUAGUAGGCUUUUCAUUGUGAGGAUUACAGAAAUCUUUUACACUUGAGUUUUAAAUAGUAAACUUGGGGAGUGUUCUAGAAGUUUUAGCUUAACUAUCAAAACUAAUCACCAUUUUAAAAAAUGUAGGCAUGCCUAAACAAAAAUGGCAGUAAAUUAGAAUAAUUUCGACUAAAUGAGAGCACAAAUACAUAAAUUUUUGGUCAAAGGUUUAUGAGGGCGGUAUUUUGGCCUCUUACUUCAUUGUAGUGUAGAUGCAGUUUCAUUUGACUUUUCCGAAUAGGUACAAACUUUCCAACUCACUCCUUAUAACAUCUAAUAUUAACAGUAGUGCUAGGGACUUAACUCUGGCAUGUAGGUACUAAUAUAAUUAUUUCAAUUUUCUUUUGAAGUUGGGGACUAUACUUUUGUCUUCACCUAGUUAACACAUAUACAUUAGAAGUAAGAGGUCCCUUCCUAAGAGUUCUCCUUAAUCCUGCUAUUGCCCUUAUUCUAGAAUCUUAUUUAUAUUCCUCUCAGCGUUCAUCCACUUCCCUCACAGAGUGAAUCCUGUCAAAAAAUCUGCCUGCCUGCCUGCCAGCUUAUGCGCUUGGCAUCACUUUGGGUAGGUAUGAAACUACGCCCCACUUAGAUCUGGAUGACAGCAGUAACGCUGCCCUAGGAACUGUUGU